AUGGCUGCUACCAACGGGCAUCGCCCGCCAUUGAGUCCUGUCUCAUCGACAGACGCCUCAACUGCCCCCGACAUCUUCAACGCCAGCUCCGUCGCCGAAAUCAAAGCCACAUUGUCCCACCUCCACACCCAGGAAGCCUCCGUGACAGCCCGCCUCGAUGCCCUGGUCACAUCGCAGAAAGAUCUCUCCCGGGAAUUGGGCCGGCUGGAUCUAAUGCGCGCCAAUAUCGGUACACAUGCCAGUACUACCCGGUCCAUUAGCCAUGGGAUGCUCUCCGAAGCCGCUGGUACCGCCGACCGCAUCUCCAGCGCUGUCCGCCGAUUGGAUCUUGAACAAGCUCGGGUUAAGGCUACACUGGAGGUUGUUGAGCAGGUUGCCGAGCUCAAGGCUUGUGCGUUGGGUGUGGCUGGGUCUAUGGGUGCGCCUCAGGACUGGGAGAAAGCUGCCAGUUAUCUACACCGCGCUGCGCAGAUUCCAGCUGAGGUCGUCAAUGGUGCUUUUGCUGCGGAGAUGGUUCCUACAGCCGAGGUGCCUGACCCACCGAGUGUCACGCUGGAUAAUGCUGCCGAGUCGCUGUGUGGGCUGUUCCUGCGUGAGUUUGAGAAGGCUGUCAAGGAGAAUGACAGUGCCAAGAUUACUCGUUUCUUUAAGCUGUUCCCUCUUAUUGGCCGUUCGGAGGUUGGACUUGAUGUCUAUGGUCGCUAUGUUUGCCAGGGUGUGGCGGCCAAGGCUCGGGCCAAUCUCAAUGGAGCUACUGGAGGUGUUCAGACUAAGGAUGGAUUCUUCUAUGCCAAUGCUUUCUCUCGGCUGUUUGAGCAUAUCGCUCAGAUUGUUGAGGGUCACGGUGGACUCGUCGAGCAUCACUACGGUCCACACAAGAUGGGACGGGUCAUUGAACGGCUGCAGAUCGAGGCUGAUGUUCAAGGUGGUAUCAUCCUUGACACUUGGGGCGAUGAACGCCAUAUCGACCGCAAGCUGAUGGACAUCAAAUCCUACGCUUUCACUUUCUUGGCGACUGCUGCAGAAGAAGAGGGAGUAGACAUGAAAGAGAUCGACGGGGUUUUGAACGAAAUGGGGAUCAUGCUGAGCCGGUGGUCACUCUACUGUCGGUUCCUGGCUGAUAAGUGCAAUACUACGGAUAUGGAGGAUGAAAAUGACGAAAACAGAUUCACUCUGCCUGACUUCUUGCGAGAAUCACCUCUGGCGCACAAGGUCAACGACCGCCUGGUGGCUCCCUUCAACGCAAUGACAACCUUCUUCUUCCGCCGGUCUGUGGAGAAGGCCUUCCAGCUGGACGAGUCCCCUUCAGGCCUUACCUUGAAUCCCCAGCGUCCCCUCAAGGCAGAUCCGCCACACAUCACCUCGGCUGUCGACGACAUCAUGUACAUUGUCAACAAGGUCAUCCAGCAAUCCAUCUCCACCUCGCAAGAAGCAGUCGUGACAAACGUCAUCCCAACUCUAUCACGCGUCCUCGGCUCCGACUUCAUUGGCAUGACCCAGCGUAAAAUGCGCGACGAAUGCUAUCCUCGUGCCCCAGCCCACGGUGGCAGUCCCCCGGAACAAAUCAUCAUCUCGUUCCUCGUCCAAAUCAACAACCUCGACCUGGGAGUGGACUACAUCCGCCGCAUUGUGCAAAACAACACGGGCUCAAAACAACUCCCAGUCUACACCGAACUCGACACAAUCGACAGGUCCACCCUCGCAACCGACCACCUCCUGUCGAUCUUCCCGGCUCGCUCGUCUGCCACCCGCGUCGCCGGAACCCUCCACUCCCUCGCACAGUCCUUCGAAAGCAAAGUCACAGACCUCCUCAAUGACGGCAUCCAAGUAAUCUUCAACAAUGUCAUCAAACCUCGUCUCCGCCCAAUUCUGGCAGAUGCGUUCCGCGACAUUGAAUACCACCCAACCCCAGACAACGAUCCUUCAUCCCAUACCCACAUGGACGAUGGUUCUUCCUCGAAGGAAAUAGUCAAGCCCCGCUUCACAGCUUCCUGGUCUGACCUGCUGGUCCCACUAGCCCGUAUCCUGACCCCCACGGCCUUUGACCGCGUACUAGUAGUUACCAUCGCAUAUCUAGCCCGCCUCCUCGAGAAGAGGUUAUACUCUUACCAUUCGAGGAUCAAUCCCCUGGGCGCGGCAAGACUUGAGCGUGAUAUCGCCGGUCUGGUUAGUGCUGCUGUUGAUGUGGGAUAUGUUGCCGGUGCGCCGGGACGGUAUCGCCAUCGUGAGGUCUUUGCUCGUUGUGUGCAAAUGACCCUUGUUAUGAGUAUGGAUGAGGAUGAGUGGGAUGAGGUUCUGCGAGGUGGCGAGGCUGCCGAGGUGGUUGACAAGCUUGGGGCUGAAGAGAGAGAGGUUGUUGCAUCCGACUACGCGAGCAGCCAAUCCUCCUUCCCCGACGGCUUUCUCGCCACCAGCGAGCUUCAGGUAGAAGCCAUUGGAUACAGCACCAACCAGGCCCUCAGCGGCAGUAAAACGCUGGAGAACAUUUCCGUCUACGGCGUGGAAUCCGGAGCCCCCAUGCAGGAAAAGUACACCUCUAUCCGCCUCAAGCGCAGUUCCAACUCGUGCGCGUUGGUGCGCCCAUCCGAUCCACGUCAGAAUGCUCUCGUUUCAACCGUUUAUCGUUGGGGCCCGGGAAGACACCCCAGAAUGCGCAUCCUACCCCGCGACGCCAGCGUUUCGGUUGAGCAGGCCAUAGACGACGAUACGUUGAGGGGAGAAUUGGUCGACGUCAAAAGCCGGUCAAUGAUUAGCCGUGCGCAGGUGUUCGACACGUCGCUUGGCAAAUUCGAGUGGCGCUACGGUAGUCGGGAAGAAAGAAAAGCAUGGAACGCAGAUUCGCUUCUUAUUCUGGAGCGCAUGGAUCGCAGCGUACUACCGGACGGCACCAAGACCAAGAGCGGCGCCAGAAUCGCUCAGCUGAUUCGAAACGACCAAUUCCGCACCCCCGGCUCGGUCAGGUACUCCGGCGGUAAUGGCGGUCGCUUGGUGAUGGAUCUGCGCAUGUGGGAGGAUGAGAAGCAUGCCGGCGCUGAGGGUGUAGAGGCUUUCUGUGUGGCGAGUUGUAUCUUGAUGCUGAAGAGAGAGGCGGAUCGUUUCAUCGACAAUAACAUCGCCGCCGUGGCAUAA